AGAUAUGGUUUGUUGGGGCCGAGCGGUUGCGGCAAAACAACACUAUUGCGGUGUAUUAUCGGCCGAAUAAAGCCAGACCAGGGGUAUGUCCGCAUAUUUGGCUACCAACCCAACGAACCGGGCAGUCAAAUACCAGGCCCGGCGAUCGGCUAUAUGCCACAGGAAAUCGCGGUCUACGAUGACUUCACUAUCGAAGAGACCCUUCUCUACUUCGGAAGACUUUUCAGACUUAACCCCAGGUUUCUGAAGGAGAGGAUAGAGUUUUUGUUGGCAUUCCUCGAUCUGCCCAAUAAGACCCGAAUGGUUAUGAAUUUAAGGUAA